AUGGGUAGUAAUGUAAUACGCCGCGCAAAUGAACCCCAGAGACGCUAUGUGAUCAACAACAUUCUCACCGUGACCUACGGAUCUCCGAGAAAAAGACAACUUCCCACAGAUCCUGGGACCGGAUCAGACAGUGCUCAGACGGUAUCGGGUAUCGAUCCUUUUGCAACGCCAACAAGACAAGGGACAGAAGAUGGAUCGGUGCCGGCAGUCGGUGUUGGAGGAGAUAACAGCAGCUUGCUGAGCCUCUUGACCCAAACGCCAGUUGAGAGCUCGACCGCUGCGGCGACGGCGGCGACGGCGGCAGCGGCCGCCGCAACAGAUAGCUCUGAAGCGGAUAACACUACAGCUGCAUCUGUUGGUGAAGACACAGACACUGCGUCCGGAGCACCUGGAUCUGGAACUGCCAUCGAACCCAAUGCCGCUCAAACCGAAGCCCAGCCACAACCCACCUCCACCACGACUGUCCAAGUUCAGACCACGGUAUUCGAGACGGUGAAUGUCACUGCUGAUACGACUGCUCCCGCAUCAGAUCCAGUCACCAUUGGAGCUGCAGCAGCAUCGACAACAGCUCCCACAGAAGCUUCAGCGACACCAGCCGCAAGUAACGGACAACCGGACGAGCAACAACCUACCGCGGCGGUGACUGUUGUCUUUGUAACCGCGGAACCCACGUUCACCGGCCCUAUUGGCGGAUACUCAACCCUCGAUCCCGGCGCGAACGGCAACGCUGCUACCGCAGUCACUGCAGCUGGAGUGGCGACGGAGACGGAGACAGUGUCAGCAGCGGGCUCAACGACCGUCGAUGCCGCCACGUCCGCUGUAUCUGAAUCUCCAGCUGCGGCAGCUACUGUGAUAGAAACCGCUUCGGCGGCCGCUGCCGAAGGGUCCCGUUCCUCGCCAGAGGUGGCAGUUGAGCCAACUCCAGCUUCAGCUUCUGUGAGCACAGAGUCUGCCGCGCCGACAUCGCCGCUGAUAUCGACGUCUCCUCCUGCGACAACAAGUCCAGAUGAAGUUGCUGUAGUUCCUGUGACGCCGAGUCCGGCACAGAACAAUCAGGUGACGGUGACGGUGACGGUGACAACGACUCUUACUGCUAUUUAA